AUGAAAACAAUAAUUUCAUCACCAACUAUUGUAGUUAUUAUUGGAACUACAUUGUUAUUAGUUGGUUUAGCACUUGCUCUAGGCUUAAGUAUCGCGCUUACACCGGGAGUCAACGGUAACUUAACACUAUAUACAACAACAUUAAGUACAACUACAACAUCGACUACAGUUAAAACAACGUUGAGUACAACUACCACUACAAUAAGCAUAGUUGUGCGAACUGUUCCAUCAGAAUUAAGCGAUUUGUCGUGUAAUUCAAGUUCAAGUUGUGGAUGUCAAACUCAACAGCCCGUAUUUCAAAAUUUUACAUCAGCAGCUCGUCGUCGAAGAAAAAGAGUUGUUGGUGGUACAUCCAUUUUGUCACGAUUUACAUGGCCAUGGAUGAUACUGAUCGGCACCUCAGCAACAUGGAAGUGUACAGGUGUCUUGAUAGGUUCCUCAACUGUUCUUACAACGGCUAGCUGUCUGUACCAAAACAUACUUGUUUCAUCAACAAAUACCAUCGUGGCGUAUGGUAUAACAAAUGCGACUACGUAUGGUACAACAACUACAAGUAUUGCAGUUCAGGAUAUUGUGUUUCAUCCAAAUUUCACCACCACCACAACAGAUGACCUUGAAUUAAAUGAUAUCGCUAUACUAACUUUAGAAUCUGCCGUACCCAGCACCUAUCCAUAUAUAUGUUUAUCGGGAACGACAAUAACAACCAUAGAACCAGUUGUUCUUACUGGGUAUGGUUCAUCCGACAUAUCAGACACAGAUAGUGGACAAUUAAGACAAACGAUACUUCAAACCGAUCCAACGUGUUCGUUAGCUAGUACACUGGAUGAUGUUGAUUUAGACGCAAUGUUAUGUGCAGGAUAUUCAGAUGGACUUCAAGAUGCCUGUACUAGUGACAACGGUGCUCCAUUGAUGAUGUAUGAUUCAACGUUUGAAAUCUGGAACCUAAUUGGACUAGUAUCUACACCUGCGUGUGGUGACAGUCCUUCGACAAUUUAUACAAGAAUAUCGAGCUACACAGAUUGGAUAGAUGACGAAACAGCCGUGACUUCUACAACAACGUUGAGUACAACUACCACUACAAUAAGCAUAGUUGUGCGAACUGUUCCAUCAGAAUUAAGCGAUUUGUCGUGUAAUUCAAGUUCAAGUUGUGGAUGUCAAACUCAACAGCCCGUAUUUCAAAAUUUUACAUCAGCAGCUCGUCGUCGAAGAAAAAGAGUUGUUGGUGGUACAUCCAUUUUGUCACGAUUUACAUGGCCAUGGAUGAUACUGAUCGGCACCUCAGCAACAUGGAAGUGUACAGGUGUCUUGAUAGGUUCCUCAACUGUUCUUACAACGGCUAGCUGUCUGUACCAAAACAUACUUGUUUCAUCAACAAAUACCAUCGUGGCGUAUGGUAUAACAAAUGCGACUACGUAUGGUACAACAACUACAAGUAUUGCAGUUCAGGAUAUUGUGUUUCAUCCAAAUUUCACCACCACCACAACAGAUGACCUUGAAUUAAAUGAUAUCGCUAUACUAACUUUAGAAUCUGCCGUACCCAGCACCUAUCCAUAUAUAUGUUUAUCGGGAACGACAAUAACAACCAUAGAACCAGUUGUUCUUACUGGGUAUGGUUCAUCCGACAUAUCAGACACAGAUAGUGGACAAUUAAGACAAACGAUACUUCAAACCGAUCCAACGUGUUCGUUAGCUAGUACACUGGAUGAUGUUGAUUUAGACGCAAUGUUAUGUGCAGGAUAUUCAGAUGGACUUCAAGAUGCCUGUACUAGUGACAACGGUGCUCCAUUGAUGAUGUAUGAUUCAACGUUUGAAAUCUGGAACCUAAUUGGACUAGUAUCUACACCUGCGUGUGGUGACAGUCCUUCGACAAUUUAUACAAGAAUAUCGAGCUACACAGAUUGGAUAGAUGACGAAACAGCCGGUAAGUAUGACUACCAUACGCACUUGACCCACAUAAAGAAAUAUAUUUAUUUUAUAACUUAA